AUGGCACGGACGAAAAUCCCUUCCCACGAGCUCGUUCUCCUUUGCUGUAUCCUUCUCUUCGCGUUCUCUCGAGUCCUUGGAGACAUUGAGGCUGCUGCUAUACAUCUGCAAACUGGAAUUUCCAUCUUACGUGAUGCACGAACCCAAAUCUACUCCACCUCCGCCUUUGCGCUCCAGGGUGACAAAGAUGUCAUACACGACCUGACAGUCAUGUUCGUCCAACUCGACAUAGAGUCUACCAUGCAAGACAUUGAUCGUGGCCCACGCCUUAACGUAAAUCAUGAUCCCGUGGGUUCUCGAUACAUACAGCCGGACUGGAUACCAUCAGCCGACAUCAUCUCGCCGCACGACUCCAUGGAGUCUUGGAUGUACAUAUGCCACGAAAUGUGGCGCUUCAUCUCUUGCAACGCGCAAUAUCGCUACAAGCCAUUGACCGACGUACCGCUGCGAGUCAUCGAGCAGUGGCAUGUCCUCAGAGGCAGCAUCAAGAGCUGGAGGGCAGCGACCAAAGACUACCUUAGACACCAUCCUGCGAUCCAUCGAGGUGACCGAGCUACAGUCGCACGGGCAAAGCUCGGUCCCGAACAGAUUCUUGAUGCUAUUCGAGCAUUGAUCAUCGAGUCACAUUACUUCUCCUGCAAGCGCUUCAUCGCAGAAAGCCUACAGGAUCCCGACAACCUCAAGCCCUUCGACAGACACCCAGAUGCUCUCCUCGAAACGGCCGAGAGAGUCAUCGCUCUUCGUCGCACGUAUUACGGCAUGAAAAAUAUCCACACGGAGAAGAGCUUCACCACGCACGUGGGAAUUGUGGAGGCACUGUUGUUGCUUGUGCAUCGGACUACAUUUCCACACAUUCGCACAAGCGCACAGCAGCUCAUUGGACAAUUCGAGGAGGUGCAGCAGGGUCAGACUGGGCUUGCUGCCUUCUUUGAAGGGUAUACGAAGGAUUUCAUGCUCAUAUAUGAGAUGCCUGGACAUUGA